AUGCACUCAGUGGAGCAGAUAACACCGGAUGCUUUUCAGGCCAUGCAUGGAAAACCUUUGUGUUGGAAAGCAUUUCUGAAUGUUGAUGAAGAUGUUGUCAGAGAGAUGGCCAAGCUGGGAACAACAUUAACACCAUCUGAAGAAACCAUAAAGGCCAUUGAGAAGUUUGUUUGCGAACUUUAUGUUCCAAAUACAUCGCUUACCACCGUGAAAGAACUUCGAUGGUUGUUAUUUCGUAAGAAGCAAGCACAGUCAGAAAGACUGCCACCAACCCGAGGUGCUCUUCUUAAAGCUGUUCUACGAGCCUACUAUCAAGCUAUUGUUUGGGACAACGAUGUUGUGGCAAACCCUGACAUUCCGUCUCCUGAAAACUAUGGGUGGGAGAAAAAUGACAACAGAUGGUUUCCAGUAAUGACAAGGCUGCUGCCAGCACCAGAGGCCAUAAUUCAGCUAGUCAAAUGCGGAUGCACCAAGCAGUGCGCAAGCAACUGA